CGGCAACGGCGCGUCACCUGGGGUUGCGCUGGCCCUGGUUCGCGUCGGGCAGGGAUCCACUAAAACUUGAUGGUUCCUGCGCGGGCUCCAUUCCGCAGCGGUCAUCGGCAGUGUCUUUGUCACAGCAAAGCUGGCACCGGAAACACCAACGCAUCAACGCCGAGAUCGAAAAUCUGCAAGCCAGGGCCGAGCAUAUGCUAGACGGGAGCAUGGUCGUGUGUCCCAUCUGCAACCGGAGCGUCAAGUCGGCCGGCAUCAACAACCACAUCGACUCGGGCUGCCAGACGUUCCUGCUCGAGGAUGAUGGCCGCAACUCGUCCCCACCCGCAGACGUCGCCCCGUCGGGCACGCCGUCGGGCACGCAGAAGAGGACCGCCUCCAGCUUCUUCCAGACCCCGGCCGCCAAGCGCCAGGCCGUCAACGGUAACCCCAAUCCCUCGACACCGCGCGGCAACGGCUCGACCGCCACGGGCGCAACGGCAGCAGCAAGAACAGCAACAGCAGCCAAAACGAAUGGCGUAAAGAGGAGCUUCGACGAGGGCCCCGGCCACAGCUCACCCACCGAGACGCAAAAUCCCGACGGCACCCCGCAGAAGCCGCAACCGGCACCAGCAUCACACACGGGGCCCUCGGCCAAGCGGGCCAGGACCGAUCGAGCGGCGCCGCUGGCCGAGCGCAUGCGCCCGCGCAGCCUGGACGAGGUGUUUGGGCAGGACCUGGUCGGGCCGAGCGGCGUGCUGCGGUCGCUGAUCGACUCGGGCCGCGUGCCCAGCAUGAUCAUGUGGGGAGGGUCCGGCACGGGCAAGACGACCAUCGCGCGCUGCAUCGCGCACAAGGUCGGGUCGCGGUUCGUCGAGCUCAACGCGACGUCGACGGGCGUCAACGAGUGCAAGAAGCUGUUCGCCGAGGCCGCCUCGGAGCUGGGCCUGACGGGCCGCCGGACCAUCAUCUUUUGCGACGAGAUCCACCGCUUCAACAAGGCCCAGCAGGACGUCUUCCUCAAGCCCGUCGAGGCGGGCACCAUCACGCUAAUCGGCGCCACGACCGAGAACCCGUCGUUUCGGGUCCAGGCCGCUCUGCUCUCGCGCUGUCGCACGUUUACACUGUCCAAGCUGACGAGCGAGGACAUACAGCGCAUCCUGCGUCGGGCAUUAGAGGAGGAGCAAAAGGUCCGUGACGAUGGGUCUGCAGACGAGACAGCAGAGUCUGCUGCGCCAAAGUCAUCCCUCAGCCCCCUCAUGGACGAAGAGAUGCUGGCAUACCUGGCCAACUUUGCCGACGGGGACGCGCGCACGGCGCUGAACCUCCUCGAGCUCGCCAUGUCACUCACGGUGCAACCUCGAAUGCCCAAAAACGGGGAGGCAGCAGCAGCGGCAGCAGCAACAGGAGAGGCGGCACCUACGCCGCUGACAAAGGACGACGUCAAAGCGGCGCUUACCAAAACGCUCGUCUACGACCGGGCGGGCGACCAGCACUACGAUAGCAUCUCGGCCUUCCACAAGUCGAUCCGCGGCUCGGACGCGGACGCGGCGCUCUACUACCUGGCGCGCAUGCUGCAGUCGGGCGAGGACCCGCUCUACAUCGCGCGGCGGCUCGUCGUGGUGGCGUCGGAGGACGUCGGGCUGGGCGACAACACGCUCCUGCCGCUCGCGACGGCGGCGUACACGGCGGCGCAGCAGAUUGGGCUCCCCGAGGCGCGCAUCCCGCUCGCGCACGCCACGGUGGCGCUGUGCCUGGCGCCCAAGUCGACGCGGGUGUACCGGGGGCUCAACAACGCCUUUGCGGCGCUUCGCGAGCCCGGCGUGGCAGCGCUGCCCAUCCCGCUACACCUCCGCAACGCGCCCACACGCCUAAUGCGCGAGAUGGGCUACGGCGCCGAGUACAAGUACAACCCCAACUACAAGGACGGGCGGGUGCGACAGGACUACCUGCCCGACUCGCUGCUGGGCAGGCGGUUCCUCGAGGACAGGGACCUGGGGACCGAGGUGGAUCCAGAUCUGGAGCUUUGAUUUGGACUGGAUUCGCAAUAGCUUGCUUCUCUGGUAUAGAAGGAGGAAUUGUACAAACGGGACGGAAAAGCAAGAAAGACGACGGACCAUUCCGGAAAUGUUUGGAUAUCCACGGCGCGCGGUUUAAUCUGGAAAGAAGAGCACUUGUACAAAUAAAGAAGACUGACCACAAUCCCCGACGGUAGGGGUUUCGGGAAAUAGACAUCUGGCCGGGUAACGAGAAGGCCGCUUUCUCAAGACUGGGAAAUGAAGGCUAAACACACGGGGAGUGAAGAAAGAAAGGAAAGAUAGACUACAGCAAAAGCCCUCGCUCCGAAGCCAGAAAAAGAUGCGACAAUUCAGGCGCUGGCGGCAGCAGCGUUCGCCAGCCGGGCCAGGGGCACGACGACGCGGUCGUAGAACUCGAGGGCCGGGUGCGCCGCGGCCGACGGCACGGACCAGGGAUCGUCGUCACGACCGGCAGCAGCACCGUCGGCGUCGUCGUCGUCCCCGCCGAGGCAGUAGCCGACGGCGGCGCGGUACGGCGACCCGGCGCGGAAGGCGAGCUCGGCGUCGACGUGGCGCAGGACGUGGCGGCGGAGCAGGCGGGCGUGCGGCUCGUGGAAGGUCUUCAUGUCCUUGGACAGCGUUAUUUCGGCCCUUGCUGUUGUUGUUGUUGUUGUCCCGUUGGCGGCGGUGGCGGCGACCUUGCUCGUUGCCCUGGCGGGCCUGCCCUCGAGAAAGUUGGACAGGGGCGCCCACAGGGCGACCUCGAGCAGCACGAGCCCGAGCGAGUACAGGUCGUAGCGGAGGGAGUAGCCCUGGGCGG